AUGGGAAUUUUCAUUCAUGAUCUUCCAAAUCACUACCCAGAAACACAACAAGUUUACUCUGUAAUCAUAGACGAUGAUCGAAUCAGAACAGUCGUCACUAAGCAUUCUUCAACAGUUGAUCACUGGAUUAGCAGGAUUUACAGUGAUUACAAUGGAGUACUAGAUCAUCUUAUCGUUGGUGUUGAUGUAGAACGGAGACCUACUUAUGGACGUUACAGAAAUCCAGUAGCAACAUUACAACUCUGUGUUGGUUGUAGAUGUUUGAUUUUCCAAAACAAACAUGCAGAUGAAAUCCCUUCUUCUCUUGUUGAGUUUCUCGGAGACCCUGAUUUUACAUUUGUUGGGGUUGGGAUCGAUGAAGAUGUUAAGAAACUUGAUGAUGAUUAUGACUUAGAAGUUGAGGUUGCUGUUGAUCUUAGGUAUUUGGCUGCUGAUAGGUAUAAUUCGAAGGCACUUAAGAAUGUUGGGUUAAUGGGAUUGGCUGUAAUUGUAUUAAAUUAUGGUGAUAUUGAAAAACUUAGGCAUGUUACUAUGAGUAACUGGGAGGAUUAUUGGCGUUCUCUCGAUAAGAUUAAGUAUGCUUGCGUUGAUGCUUAUGUUUCUUUCCAGAUCGGUAAAGAACUCAUCUGA